GAGAAGGAUCGUUAUCUCCAAGUACUCACAGGAUGACUCGAACAAUCUGGAACGCGUCCUUAGUCUUGAUCCUAGCAUGUCAAGUGUGUAUACUGCCUUCUUCUAUGGCACCCUUAUGCACCCGUCUAUCCUACGACGGGUGAUUGGACAUGACGGCAAUGAGCUGCACAUAUGUCCUGCGCUGCUUCUGGAUCACACUCGUCACAAGAUUAAGAAUGCGGACUAUCCAGGCGUAAUUCCAUACAGUCGAAGUGCAGGGCUCUUCGAAGGAAGAGAGCUCUCGCCCGAUGAGAAAUCAGUGCGAGGUACACUGGUCUCGGGAUUGACCACGCAAGACGUCAUACUACUUGAUCUGUUCGAAGGUGAUGAAUACUCUCGAGACACUGUCUCUGUCCAUCCCCUCUCCGCCUUUACACCCCUGGUUAGCACCUUGUUGCCCUCUCCACCCGAUGCACAUAUAAUCCCCUCCACCUCCUCACCCAUCUCGUCCUUCGACGCAUUGCAAACUCCCAUCCUUGCACAGACAUACAUCUGGAAAGCCCUCUCCCAACUGGAGCCCGCACUAUGGGAAUACGAACAAUUUAUCAGAGAUAGCGCAUGGAAAUGGGUUGGAGAUGGAAGUAGAGAUAAUAAGGAUUACAUCGAGGUUGACAGGAGAAGACAGAUGAAUGGGAGGAUCAUUAGGACUACUCCUAUGGAUUCUGAUGAAGGCAAUGUUGAAGCUGACGUUGGGGUCAUUGUGGAAUCGGAUGUCCCGGUCACUGUGCAGGCCUGAGAUAUUUAGACGAACAGAGUAAGGAAAGCUAUGAUCUAGAGUUUGUUUUCUAAGGUCUGCAGGGCGGGCUAAAUUUCUAGACCGGGUGGAAAAGGAGUAGUGAUUAUUACCAACCAAUAAUACAGAGGUAUCAACC